AUGGAAGGUUGGAAUGAUUGUCCUGUGAUAACCAGGUCAUCAUCUUCCUUGGUUAUGGGCAUGUCAACAUCAACUCCUUCAUUAUCGACGCCGUCUUUGACUCCAACUGAUUCCACCGACAAAUCAGUUGGAUCAAUAAUUAAUGAAUUAUGUUCAAAACCAACGAAAUUAUCCGAUAAAAUGCUUUCUAACAUCAAGACUAAGUUGGAAAAUAACAUAGAUAAGAUGGAACAACAUAAGCAAUUCAUAUUUCAUUUAUAUGAUAGCGAAGAAGAUGUGAAAGAGAAAAUUAUUGAAUUCAUGAUAAUUAAUGAUGGCGUUAGUUCGUGGUGUGUUCCUUUGAAAAAGCUUAUUGAAAGUAUUGAAUAG